ACGACGUUAGAUCUAAUCUCAGCGUUUCAUAUGGUAUUCGCACAAUAGUACUUAAAGUUUUCCGGUUAAAGGGUUGAAGGGUUACAAUAAUUUCCAAAUAUGUAUUUUGAAAACUUUAUCAGUUGUCAAAAGGCAUAUUCAACCAUGGACUUAAAAAGAUUGUGGUGCCAUCACUCACGAGUUACCACCUUAAUGGUGUUUGCUGUGCUGUGUCCGUGCCUUGCUGCAGACGAAGGGUACGGGCUUGCAGAUGUGCAAGGAUGGAAAUCGUUUAAGCUCCAGUACAAUAAAACCUAUAACAAUAUUACUGAGGAGAGAAAAAGGUUUUCGAUUUGGAAGGAUAAUUUACAAUUGAUAUUUAUGCACAAUGAGAAAGCUGACCAAGGGGCACAUUCGUUCUGGUUGAAGCCAAACCACUUCGCAGAUAUGACAGACGAUGAGUUUACCAAUUCCAUGCUUGGGUUGUCAACAGAGAUCAAGUUUAAUUUGACGUCAUUAGCUUCGUCACAAGGGCAACUUGGCAGUCUACCAGAUGAGAUAGACUGGAGAUCGAAAAAUUAUGUCACUCCUGUAAAAAAUCAGCGACAUUGUGGCAGCUGCUAUUCUUUCUCGGCGACAGGUGCGCUGGAAGGCCAGCACUUUCGGAAGACUGGGAAACUGGUGUCCCUAUCUGAGCAAAACAUCAUCGACUGUACCUACCACAACAAGUACAAGAACAAUGGUUGUCACGGUGGGCUUAUGGACCGCGCCUUCCAGUACGUGAUUGACAAUGGAGGGAUCGAUACAGACGCAUCCUACCCAUACCAAGCAGAGGUUCACAAUUGUCGGUUCAACAAGAGCACUAUAGGAGCCAGAGCUUAUGGUUACCAUGACAUCCGCCCACGUGGUAGUGAGGAGGCACUUCAGCAAGCAGUAGCUCGAGUAGGACCAGUGUCAGUGGGUAUAGACGCACACAACAUGUUCUUCAAGUACUACUCGCACGGGGUGUUUGAAUUCCAGUUCUGCAGCUCCCGGCAUCUUAACCAUGGGGUUCUCGUGGUCGGGUACGGUACAGAUAGCGGGCAAGACUAUUGGUUGGUCAAGAAUAGUUGGAGCAUGGCUUGGGGCAUGAAAGGUUAUGCCAAGAUGGCGAGGAACAGAAAUAAUAUGUGUGGAAUUGCCUCCCUUGCUAGCUACCCUCUUGUGUAGCUAGCAUAUUAAAAAAAUCCAAAAAAAAAAAGAAAUUAAUAAUACUGGUUAAAAUGAAACGAAAUCCGGACUCGUAUGCAAUAGCCUUAUAAGGUAUAUAGUGAGAAAUAUCUUAAUGUCGGAUAUGUAACUAAUUUAACUUAAGAAGGGCCCUAAUAUUGCAAAAAAUAUCUCUGUCAAUUCCCAGUUUUGUUCACAACAAUUUUUAUCAGACAUUAUCAAAAGUUAUACAAAAUCAUAUAUGCUUUAAGUCUUUUGAAAAGCUUUUUCUCUGAUAGAGAUUUUUGGUAUAUUUUAAAAACUUUGUUUUUUAUUUUAAAAUGAAAUGAAAUUAAUUACAACUUUUAAAGCUGUACUCUCACAGAUUGAACGUUUUGACAACUUUAUUUUUGUUGUCUUCGAACGAGCCAAUUUUUUGCGAAAAUCCAUGGAAACAAGUUAUAUAAGACUGCUGACAAAAAUUAGAUCGCAGAUUUUUAUAUUUAAGUUCAAAAAUUGAUGUGUUAUGUUUUUUUCUUAAACCGUAAGUAACAGUUUAAGUCAUAAUACAUUAAUUAUCGAACGGAAAUAUGAAAAUCUAAGAUCUGAUUUUUGUCAGCAAUCUUAAAUCAUUGGUUUGCAGAUAUUUAUGCAAAAAAAUUGCUCUUUCCAAGACAAAAAAUAAAAAAAAAGUUGUAAAAAUGGUAUAUAUGUAAGAGUUCAGCCUUAAAAACAAUUCAUCAUCAAAUACAUGUUUUCCUUCAAAAUAGUAUCUGAAAUAUUGGACAAAGGUUAUAUCAAUACAUUGUAUGAGAUUGCAAAAAAGUAAAUAUACAGGAUUUUAAAUCAUACUAUGAGCUGAGAUUGAGAUCAAAAUUUCACGCUUUUUUUGGUAUUGGGACCAGCUGUUACUCAAAUUGAGUUAAAGCAUCCUUUCCUAUAUUGACAGUAGGGGUUUUGUAUAUUUUACCAUUGUAUACUUUAUAUAUAAUGUUUUUAACCAAAUAUUUACCGUAUAUAUGCUUUUUUACCAAAUACUUACCGUAUAUAUGCUGUUUUUUACCAAAUAUUUACCUUAUAUAUGCUGUUUUUACCAAAUAUUUACCGUAUAUAUGCUGUUUUUACUACAUAUUCACCGUAUGUAUGCUGUUUUUACGAAAUAUUUACCGUAUUCUUGCCUUAUUUAUGUCGUUGAGCAAUGUGAAACCGCUUAAGUUGUCGUUUUCAACACCUGCUGGUGACCAUUAAGUGAUGAUCUGUUGUGUUGUUUUCGGUAAUGGCUGACCAAAAUGUUGUCAUGUGUUAAUGUUAAAUUCACUAAAUACAAUUUUGAGAUAAACAGAUAAAAAUGUAAAAAAUUAAAAUGUAUAUUAACUGGAUUGUUGUCAAUCGCCGAUUUGUUUUCAGCAGAGAAUGACCGGUGCAUGUGCUAAAAGGGUACGGUUUCAGUAAAUUUCGCAAAGAGGGUACCGAUAUGGAUACGCACCAUGAAAAAGGUGCAUUUAUGUUAGAAAUUAAAAUUUAAAAAAAACGAAGGCAAUCCGGACAAUAGACGGUAAGGUCAAGAUAUUCAGAUUUAAAGAUCAUAUCCGCUCUGGGCCAUAUCUGGGCUCAAUCGUCCGUCAUUAGGUCGUUGGUCCUGAUGAACUUUUGAUAUAAGCCGUAUUGUAUGGGUGGUAUAUUAGAUUGUUAAUGUUAAGCACUCGUUUGCGAUUGAUAUUUUUCGUAUAAAUAUCAUUUCCUUAUGGGAACUUCUAACAAGUAUUUGAUCAUCGACACACAACCUGAAUAUCGAUAAAAGGAAUAAGUUGAUGUAUACACCUGGUAGAUAGAAAAUGUAAUAAAUGUUAAUGUUAUAGAAAAUUAUCGCUUUCUGUUGGUGUUUUCAAAUAUAUACCUAGGUAGUGCAUUGACCCAAUAUGACAUAAUUUAGCAAAUUGUGGUGUUGUGAUAAUGAUAAAACAUUGUAUAAUAUCGUUACGCAUUUAUCGUAAGGGACAUGUAUACGUAAUGCUUAAUGUUUUAAAUUAGUAUGAAAACCCCAAUGCCAAUUAUCAGUUUAAUUAAUACUUUAAUUAUCAUACGUUACCAUUGCACUAAGUGCUAUACUGUCAACUUUAAUAAACAUGUACAUUUAUUUUACAUAAUCAUGACAUAGUAUCUAUGUAUUUUCUUUGCGCAUUGUUACAGUGGUUAUUGAAUAGACUUAACAAACUUUGA